CACGGCUGAGGAUGCAACAAUGACAACAAGACUUGGUAGUACUCUGUCACCCAGCCCACAUGAGAAGAAGCCACCACCCACAUGAGAAGGAAAGCCAGCAUCCUUCUCUUCGGCAAAGAACAUAAAGAACUGUUUCAGGAAGUGUUUCAUCAUUCAUGUCCGGACUCAUCGAAACGAUGGAGAUGAUAUUUUUAUUGCUGGGAUUUCUCUUCUUUGUCAAAGGUUGUACUGGCCUUACUCUUUAUGGAGAGGUCGGAGGGACGGCCGUAUUUCAAUGCAACUCAACUAUGGAGAACAUCAAUUCUAUUUACUUUCAAGGAGGCCCAGGUUUUACUGAUUUUAUAAUUGGAUAUCAUAAGACGAAGAACCUCACUGAGCCCAGUCGACCUGACACCUACUUGAACCAUGUGGAUAAAACGGUAACCUUUUGGAAUCUAACCGUCUCAGACGAAGGGACAUACAAAUGCGUCAUAGACCAUGGGGUCGGCCGUGGAAUUACUGAAGACACUACAACAAGACUCAUCCUAAUUGAGCGCCCUCCGACGCCCAGUAUAAAGACCCAGCCACUGUGUAACGUCAGUUGUGCUCUGAGGUGUACCGCGGACACCCAGGAUCUGGGACCGGUCUCCUACGAAUGGAAGAAAGACGAAGGAGAGUGGACCGAGGGUGACGCGCUGAAGAAUAUCAGCAGUUCUGAUACCCCUGAGAAGUUCUUCUGCAGGCUGAAGACCCGUGUGAGGACCAGCAACACCAGCCUGCCCAUGGAAAAUCCACUCUAUAAACCAGUACCAGAUGUUGGGAUGAUUAUCGGAAUAAUUAUUGCCAUAUUAUGCAUUUUUGCUCCAAUUGCAGUAAUGGUGAAGUGUUACUGCAGGGAGGAGUGA